AUGGCAACUCUUACCAAUAACGGGGAUGGCCCGCUUCAGGUGCCCGGGUUCGGCUCCAUCCCCUGGAUCUUCUUCGACACCGGCCCCGUCGCUUGGAACGCAGGCCUGUUCAAUAAUGCUGACAUCCUGGAUGUUCGGAUCACUUCAUACGUCAAUAAUCUUCACCCGGGCAAGCACCAGAAACUGUAUAGGCAUCUUGAGCGCCUAAUAGCAAGCUCCGUUCCUUCUUGGAAUGAAAUCUUAUUCUACGGCAAUACCCGUGGCUGUCGCCCACCACGCAUCCUGACAUAUGGAUGCACGAUCCACGACUAUCAAGAAGAGCACAGGCUGUUCGAUGUCCUGCGUCCCUGGCCCUGCUGGCAGAUACAAUGUGACACCUCCAACGAGUGGGAGACACUGCGCAACACAGCUCGUGAGUACGUUGAAGGUCCUGAGCCACCGAAAUGGAAGCAGGCGGAGUCUUUGCCCCACAAGCCGGUCAAUUUGAUGGAUCUGCUCACUCCCGAGGAAUGGGACAUUCCCAACCACGUGCAUUUAAUCGCUCGAUUCAAACGCACUCGUCGAGCCUGGUUCGAUCACCCUGAGCCCGGUGUCUCGUUCUCGUAUAAGCAGUGGAAGCAGGGUGAAUGUACGGGACGUGCAAUGCACGCGCAGCGGAUCAGCAAAUACCCGGAUCCGCUGCACCAUGACCACAAACCCGUGCGGUUGGAGAAGCAAUUUCGAGAGAAGGGUCUCCAGGUUGUAGUGGAAAUUGCCCGCAUCGAACUAACCCCAGAAAAUCCUAUCUAUACCGGCGAGAGUGAUUUCCACACCGAGGGGCUCCGCAACGACCGGAUUGCGGCCACCAGUCUGUAUGUGGUGGAGUGCAAGAAUCUCACCACAGUCCGCCUGGCGUUCGAGCACGAGGAUAAAGUCCACGCCACGGAGCUUGAGUGUCCGGUGCCCCAGGCGCUCGCCACGGUCCUCGAUAUAGAUUGCUGGGAGUGGUACGAGGAGAAACCCCCUCGCGCACUACAUGCUUUCAGAUCGGUUCCACUCACAGAGGGCCGUCUUCUCAGCUGGCCCAAUACCUAUCGAUCGAAGCAAGAGUCCUUUCGCUUAGUGGACCCCAGCCAGCCGGGGAAUCUGACCCUGAUCAAGCUUCGACUCGUCGACCCACAUUAUGGUAUCUGCUCAACACAGAAUGUUCCUCCACAGCAAAAUGACUGGUGGGCCGCUGCAGCCCGACAGGCAGCUAGGCUCGAUCAACGCUUACCCCUGGAGUUGGUGUGGCCUGUGAUGGAUCAAGUCAAGGAUUGGCCAAUGUCCGCAGCCGAGGCCGAAAGUCUACGCACCAAAUUGCAAUUCGAACACGAGCGCGCGCGGCGGGUCAUCGAAUCGUGCGUGGGGCACCAUAUCGUGGUUAAUCUCUCUUAUGAUGAAGAGGAAGCAUGA